AUGGACAUUGGCUGCACGUUUCCGGCCUGCUGCACGCAAAGGCGUCAGAGGACUGGACAGAGCAAUUCCCGUGCCAGUCGGUGGAUUGAAAGACCGAAAUCAGGUGGGGGGCGUGGACAGGAUCAUCCAUUGACCUGGCGCAUGUCUGUCACCUGUGCAGCCAUUUACUUACCUGCACCUGAAAGUCGGUCAAUUCGGUCGCUCCGUAAACGGAAUACCGACUCAAAGUCGACAAUGACCGUUGGCCCUGGUCGCCUGGCUGAGCCGCCAGGUCUAACGCAGAUGUCGCUGUCAGACGACAAUAGCACCCAGGACAAUGGCACACUAAGGCUUCCCCUCGCACGCUCGAUCGGUCUAGUCUGA